AAUCAAGCUCGCCAAUUUUUCCCGGAAAUGAAAAUAUAUUGAGUAAAAUAGUAAAUAUUAUACAAAUAAAGUCAUAAAAACGUAUGCUGCUGACAGCAAAAAGCUGUCAAGCUUCGGCUUUGUCAAUAAAACAAAUGCUGAGAAAUAGGCCACCGCGAUAAAGUCCCAGGAUUUGGUAAGAUAAGAGAACGCCGAUGAGGAUUAAAGGUUAGGCCAAUACUACGGCCCUGGAUACAGGUAGAUUACAGAUUUUGAAAAUGGUACAACAACUUCUUUCUAUGCCAACUUACUGGAAAAUGGAAAAGGUACAAGUACAUGUCUGACAAAUACAGAUAGCUAGGAAAUUAGUACAUAAAUUACAGAUGAGAUUUUGCACAUGAUCGAUUUUCCUUUUGAACCAGUUACCAAUCCAAAUUUUCACAAAGCUCAUAGUUAUGCAUGUGAAUACCCACAGAAGAGGAAUUAUACAAAAUGGCAUUUAACAUAGUAAGACUAUGCCACAGCUGUCAUCUGAAGAAACACAUUAGACUGCAAACGGGAGAAAAUGAUUUCUAGUUAAACAUGUAAUCAAAGACGAUAUCUAAAGAAAACAAACAGAGAGAAAAGCUUUAAAUGUCCUUAUGCUCCGAAUUACAGCACUAAUAUGAAGAGACAUAGGAAAGAACAUACUGGAGAAAAAUGCUUCAGAUGUGAUGUUUGUGACUAUGCUUGUAAUCGGAGGGGUACUCUGAAGAUACAUAGGAGAAUACAUACUGGAGAGAAAUGCUUUAAAUGUGAUGUCUGUGACUAUGCUUGUAAUCAGAGGGGUCAUCUGAAGAAACAUUGGAGAAUACAUACUGGAGAGAAAGGUUUUAAAUGUGAUGUUUGUGACUAUGCUUGUAAUGACGGCAGUAAUCUGAGGAGACAUAGGAGAAUACAUACUGGAGAGAAAGGCUUUAAAUGUGAUGCUUGUGACUAUGCUUGUAAUGACGGCAGUACAUUGGAAAUACAUAGGAGAAAACAUACUGGAGAGAAGUGCUUUAAAUGUGAUGUUUGUGACUAUGCUUGUUAUGACGGCCAUAGUUUGAAGAGACAUAAGAGAAUACAUACUGGAGAGAAAUGUUUUCAGUGUGAGUUUUGUGACUAUGCUUGUAAUGAUGGUAGUAAUCUGAGGAGACAUAGGAGAAUACAUACUGGAGAGAAAGGCUUUAAAUGUGAUGCUUGUGACUAUGCUUGUAAUAACGGCAGUAGAUUGGAAAUACAUAGGAGAAUACAUACUGGAGAGAAGUGCUUUAAAUGUGAUUUUUGUGACUAUGCUUGUUAUGACGGCAGUAGAAUGAAGAGACAUUGGAGAAAACAUACUGGAGAAAAAUGCUUUCAGUGUGACUUUUGUGACUAUGCUUGUAAUGAAAGAAGUGAUCUGAGGAGACAUAUGAGAAUACAUGCUGGAGAGAAAUGCUUUAAAUGUGAUACUUGUGACUAUGCUUGUAAUGACGGCAAUAGUUUGAAGGUACAUAGGAGAAUACAUACUGGAGAGAAAUGCAUUUAGUGUGACUUGUGACUAUGCUUGUUAUGACGGCAAUAGUUGGACAAUAAAUUGGAAAAUACAUACUGGAGAGAAAUGCUUUCAAUGUGAGUUUUGUGACUAUGCUUGUAAUCAGAGCGGUAAUCUGAAAAGACAUAGCAUAAUACAUACUGGAGUGAAAUGCUUUCAAUGUGACUUUUGUGAUUAUGCUGUAAUCAGAGCGGUAAUCUAAAAAGACAUAGGAGAAUACAUACUGGAGUGAAAUGCUUUCAGUGUGAUGUUUGGACUGCGCUUGUAAUAAUGGCAGUAAAUUGAAGAUACAUAGGAGAAUAUAUACUGGAGAGAAGUGCUUUCAAUGUGACUUUUGUGACUAUGCUUGUUAUGACGGCAAUAGUUUGACGAUACAUAGGAGAAUACAUACUGGAGAGAAAUGCUUCAAUGUGACUUUUGUGACUAUGCUUGUUAUGACAACAAUAGUUUGAAGAUUCACAUGAGAAUACAUACUCGAGAGAAAUGCUUUCAAUGUGAUUUUUGUGACUAUGCUUGUAAUCAGAGGGGUAAUCUGAAGAAACAUAGGAGAAUACAACUGGAGAGAAAUGCUUUAAGUGUGCUGCUUGUGACUAUGCUUGUAAUGAUAGCAAUAGUUUGAAGGUACACAGGAGAAAACAUACUAGAGAGAAAUGCUUUAAAUGUGAUGUUUUUGACUGUGUUUGUAAUGAUGACAGUAGUUUGAAGAAUCAUAGGAAAAUAUAUAUACUGGAGAAAAAUGCUUUAAAUGUGGUGUUUGUGACUAUGCUUGUAAUAGCGGCAGUAGAUUGAAGAUAUAUAGGAGAAAACAUACUGGAGAGAAAUACUUUAAAUGUUUGUGACUAUGCUAGUUAUAAUUGCAGUAGUCUGAACAGACACAUGAGAAUACAUACUGGAGGAAAAUGUUUUAAAUUUGAUUUUUGUGACUAUGCUUGUAAUGACGGCAAUAAUCUUAGAAGACAAAGAAGAAAACAUGAGGGACAGAAAAUAUUAUACACGAUGAUGUAAUGACGGCAGUAAUCUGCAGAUACAAAGGAGAAAAAAGUUUUAAAUGUUUGUGACUGCUUGUAAUCGAAGUGGUUAAGAUUCACAUGAGAAUACAUACUAGAGAGAAAUGCAUUAAGGCCAGUCUGGUGUAGGCCCUAUACCAAAAAUUGUAGGAGGAGCUUCCUAAAAAUAAGUGAAUGUGAGUCAGGUCAAGAAAGGGUCAGUUUGUUCCAUCCAGAUGAAUCAGCUGACUGACUCUGAUAAAAGAUUAUAGCAGAGUUUUUGAUUCCUGUUGAUCAGCUACACAUGUACAUAAGGUCAGAGGAAGUAUUAAUAAUUUACUUCUAGAAUUAGUUGAUUGAAGAAAUUUGGGAGAUACAUAAGUGAGUGACAGUUGAAUUCUAAACAGGCACUUUUAAAUCAUCAAGGCUGUUUAUUUGUUUCUGUAGUGAAAUAUAUUAUGGAUUUAAUUGGUA